GCACGCAGUUUACUAGACUUGCUAGUCCUUAUUCUAACUGCAGAGUCUGUAGUGAACUGCGCAUGCGUUCGCGUUUUCUACGGACUCCCAGAAAUCUUUACAGCACGUACAUUACUAUACGGGGACAAACUAUACUAUGCAGCUUUCCAGCUGUUACACAACUACAACGCCCAUCAUAUCACAGUUAUUCGAGCACGACAUGAAGUAGUUCUGCACCAGCUGGAAGCCUCAGGUGGUGAAGUGCAUAGUCACGUCCUCCACACUAGGCAAUAAGGAGCCUCCAGUCUGUGAGCCCGUGAAGCGGCCUCAUAUACGGCACGGCUACAGCUCGGCGCAGACAUGACGUGAGCGUUACGGGUCGCAGCUUCCUCUCAGUCACUGACAAGCGUCCCCCAUUCCACCGCCCCCAUUCCGUACCGCUCUGACGUCACGGCGCGGCAGGCUGUGGUCGCCCUGUUGCGCAUGCGCAUGGUACGUCACCGGCCGGACGUUGAGCGAGAAACCUCGAGAGAAAAUAGGCACCGGGGUGACACCGAGUGUGUGGAGACUGGCAGCUGUAAAUUUGGCACAGACAAUUGGAAAUAGCAUUAAAUAUGGGGACUCCUGGAUCUGGUAGAAAGCGUAACCAAACUAAGGACAGGUUCUCUGCAGAGGAUGAAGCCUUGAGUCACAUAGCAAGAGAGGCGGAGGCAAGGCUGGCAGCAAAAAGAGCAGCCCGGGCAGAAGCACGAGAUAUCCGCAUGCGAGAGCUCGAGCGACAGCAGAAGGAGCACAGCCAUCGAUAUCAUGAUAGAAAAUGGGGACAAAUUCAAAAGUGGAUGGAGGAUUCCGACAGGGCCAGGUACUCUCACCGGUCCAGUCAGCGUCCUUAUCUGAAUUCAUCUGUAGAUUUGAGUGGCCUAAGCAGGGGCAGAGAAAGCACUUCGAGGAGGAAAGAUCUUGUGUUUGAUUUGCCAAAGGAUUCAUCCAGGAAAAGUGUACUCUCUAAUCAUACCUACAACUCUUAUGGAAGCAAGAAUAAAUCCUCUGUAUCCAGUAAAGACUUACUGAAGGGACUUUAUCAUGAUCAAAGAAACUAUAGCAGCCUCAAAUAUAGCAAACCCAUCUCCACCUACCACACUCGGUCCUCUUCACUGUACAGUGAUCCUCUUGCCACUUCCAGAAGUUCCAGGACUUCUCCAAAGCUAAGCACUAGUUUGGCUCGAAGUGCCAGUUCGACAUCGCUCUACGAAGAUGGUUUUAUUAAUUCAUACACUUCCAGACCUCCAUCUGAGUACAGUUGCAGUUCGUCCAGAGCCAGCUCAUCAAGAAGCAGUCCUGUGUUAUCAGACUUUUCAGACCAGAGUGAAUCUGCAGCGGAUUAUUUUAGUCGCUCCAAUCGUAGGGGAAGUAUUGUGUCUGAUGAUAUCAGCCUCCCUGAUCUCAAUAAUCUGGACGAGAAGAGUGACAAGCAUUACAUUGAAGGUUAUUCCAGGCCAUCGUCUCGUAAUGCAACCUCUGGGCUUCCUGGAACCUUUACACCUCUGAGUGGGUCAUCGUCUCGAAGAGGCAGUGGAGAUGCUAGUAGUUUAAUAGAUCCAGAUGCUUCUCUAAGUGAAUUACGGGAUAUCUAUGAUCUUAAGGACCAGAUUCAAGAUGUAGAAGGGAGAUACAUGCAGGGGCUAAAAGAACUAAAGGACUCCUUAGGAGAAGUGGAGGAGAAAUAUAAGAAAGCUAUGGUAUCAAAUGCUCAGCUUGAUAAUGAAAAAGGCAAUCUUGUAUAUCAAGUAGACACACUGAAAGACGUCAUUGAGGAGAUGGAGGAACAAAUGGCAGAAUAUCAUAGAGAAAAUGAAGACAAGUCAAGGGAAUUAGAAAGACAGAAGCAUGCAUGCAGCAUUCUCCAGCACAAGUUGGAUGAACUUAAAGAAGGUAUUCGCCAAAGAGAUGAACUUAUAGAGGACAACCAACAUUUGCAGCAGAAAGUAGACUCUCUAACCAGAGAGGUGUAUGAUCUGCAGGAAACAGUUAACUGGAAAGAUAAAAAGAUUGCGGCACUAGAGAGGCAAAAAGAGUACUUUGACUGCAUUAGAAAUGAGCGGGAUGAGCUCAGGGAUGAGCUGGCAGAUGUGAAAGGCAAAAUGAAGAUAGGAGAGAAACACGGUUUAGUUAUUAUUCCAGAUGGUACUCCAAAUGGUGAUAUCAAUCACGAGCCAGUGGUUGGGCAAAUAACUGUUGUAUCCCAAGAAGCUGCUCAAGUUUUGGAAUCAGCUGGAGAAGGUCCACUUGAUGUAAGGCUACGGAAACUUGCUGAAGAGAAGGAUGAGCUUGUAUCACAGAUAAGGAAGUUAAAGCUGCAGCUUGAAGAAGAGCGCCAUAAGAAUGUUAGAAAUGACACAGUUACAGACUCUACAGGACUGGAAAAUGGUUCUGAUCUACAGAUGAUUGAAAUGCAGAGGGAUGCCAAUAGACAAAUUAGUGAAUUCAAGUUCAAACUUUCAAAAGCAGAACAAGAUAUAACUACACUAGAACAGAAUGUUCUAAGGCUUGAAGGACAAGUGGUAAGAUAUAAAUCAGCAGCAGAAAAUGCAGAGAAGGUAGAAGAUGAACUAAAAGCUGAAAAGAGAAGACUUCAGAGAGAGCUUAGAACCACUCUGGACAAGAUGGAAGAGAUGGAGAUGACAAAUAGCCAUUUAGUAAAGAGGUUAGAGAAGAUGAAGGCCAACCGGAAUGCACUGCUUUCUCAACAGUAAAGAGGAUUACCAUACAACAACUAAAUGCACUGCUCCACAAAACAUUGCGCCUUUACUUGGUCCUACUAUAGACAUUCUUCUUAGCAUCCUUGGUGCAUAUAAUGGCUGAGCCUGCCGGGUUCUUGACAGCAGAGUGACUUUGUCGAUGUUUAAUUUAUGAGAGAAGUGAAAAACUAGUAUUAAUACAUUAAUACGCCUUGAUGAUUUCUCCUUUUCAGCACACUGAUUUGGGUAGAUCUCUGAGGUGAGGCGCAACACGCUGGAUUCCUGGUUUUUCAUAGGAUAUUAUUUUUCUUCACAUUGUUAUAAUCAACUUUAUUCACUCUCAUUUCUUUUUGUGGUUUGCUGCUUACCUAUGCUGGUGAACUGAAACUACUGCAUGAGGAGGAAUUUCUGCUAUAAUUCAUGCCUAUCCAAUACUGUACUGAGGUUGAACAGACCAGAUUCCACCGAACCCCUUCCCUGCAUAGACGAGUCAUGGAUUCAUGGAUGCGUUAUUAUUUGCCAAAAAUGUAUAUCAGAGGAAAUAUCACAUGGUGCACCUUUUGCUGAGCAAGUGCCCAGACCAAUUUUUAAGUGUCUUACAUUGUCACAGAACUCCAGAGCAACGGGGAAGGGGUUAAAAACGCCAAGUGCCUUCCUCACUGUAAUUUCAACUAAUUCCUUUUCAAAACUAUCCAAUGGAAUUAUGCUAACAUUUGUUCUUAGGAAUCUUACAGUUUGGGGGGAUGUGCAUUCAUUAAACUUUAUACAUUUUGAACAAAAAAUACUUUUUGUAAAAAUAUUUUAAUUUGUAUACAAAUUGUAUAACAUCAGACAGGGGCUGUAUAUUCUUUUAUUGCAUGGGUGAUGGCAUAACUGUUAAUAGUAUUUUAAUGAAAUUAAUUGGCUAAUAUUAAGAAUCAGCCCCAUACAGGAAGUCAGAUGUAUUUUGUUGUACAUUAUAAAUAUGAUCUGUCGCUCAAGUGUACGUGAACUUAAUAGAGUAAGCAAAUUUCCGGGGACCUACUUAUAGAGACUUUAAUGGUCAUGUUAAAGUUUUGAAUUUCGUAUUUAUUUAGGAUUAUAAUACCAACAAUUUUUUGCAGACCAGAAAAAUAUUCAAGCAUGAAAAAGGGCUAAUUUAUACCUGCAAUUUUAUUUUGAAAGAAAGAUUAUCACAAAAAUGUACCCAAUUAAAAUGGUCACUUUAAACAG